GCGCAACAAUAAUAAUUCGCUUCUCGCCCUUCUACUAGCCAGUUUCGAGGCUGAGUGCUCUAGGUUAUGUUGUGUUUAUAUCACCGCCCGUGCAAAAAGAUUCUUGACCGUUUUCAUACGUUGUGGAUAGCCUUUGUAAGAUAGGCUUCGGCACGAGCACCGUGGUACGAAAUAUGAGAGAAUAUACGGGCAUCUCGUGCGUCGUAGACCAAUUAGAAUACCAUUUAACGAUACUAUACCGCAACGCUCCACUGCACUAAUUCAAUAUACGGGCCAAGGUGCAAUAAGACAGUGUAAUGAACGUAGGACUAUCUGCAUACGAUGGUUUGGAGAAAGAGUCAAGCUCUAAUAAUGCAUUGGAAAGUGGAGGAGGAACUACAAAGAAGCUGGCUAGAGGUAUAUCUCGAGCAACUGAAAAUGCAGCCAUUGUCUCGUAUGCUCGUUCUCAAUUAGCUACUGUAGGAUCUUUAGAUACUCCAGAAUUCACAUUCUCACUCCCUGAUUUGACUGUAUACCCAGAUUCAUUUCGUCAGUUUUUGGAAAAAGAUCUGAUAGAAGGAGGUUGUUUAACUUCCCUGGAGGCUGCAGGUCGUUUAAAUUGGUGGUGUGGCUAUAAAAAUGGAAGUAGCAGAGUGUUAUGGCCUUUGGCAACAUCUGGAGAUGGCAACUGCCUUCUACAUGCAGCUUCUCUUGGCAUGUGGGGCUUUCAUGAUAGGCUCCUCACACUAAGAGAAGCACUGCAUAAUACUCUGGCCAAAGGAGAGUAUAGACAUGCUUUGUUCAGAAGGUGGAAAUGGAGACAAAUGGGCUUAAAUGCGGCUGCAGGAUUGUCUUAUACAGAAGCAGAAUGGUUAACAGAAUGGCAAACUAUUGUAGAUAUGGCUUCUCCUAUAUUCAGAAACCAAACUGCUACUUCUUACCAAAGUCUCGAAGAAGUACAUGUAUUAGCUUUAGCACAUGCUUUGAAGAGACCCAUAAUAGUCAUAGCAGAAACCAUGUUAAAAGAUGCAGAAGGUGUAGCCUUAGCACCAAUUCCAUUUGGUGGAGUCUAUCUACCAUUAGAAGUACCUCCAUCGCGUUGUCAUAGAACCCCAUUACUUUUAGCGUACCAUUCGGCGCACUUUUCUCCUCUUGUUACCGUAGAUGGAUCGAGUGAUUUCGAUGGUUGUAAUGAAGGAGUUAGCAUACCUCUUGUGGACCCAGAUACAGGUCAAUUAUUACCAGUUUUGUUCGCGGUAGAUCCCGGACCUGAUUGGGACUGGGAAGAAGGAUCUCGAGACUUAUUAACUUGCCAACAAGAUACGAUGGAAAUUUUAUUAAGACAAUACUUAGAUUGUGAGUACCAAAAUUUCACAUCGGAAGAAAUUGAAAGAUUGUCUGAUACGGACGGUUCACUUUCUAAAACAGCAAAACAAUUACUGGGAGUUGCUAAACAAUUCGGGUCGAUUGGAAAAUCCGUUAGUAAAAGACUGUGGUCCAUAACGAAAAGACCAAAGAGCCUGCCACCAACGGCGGGCGGACUUUCUACGGAAGGUUUAUUAUGUGUAAGAAUCAGAAGUAGACGUCAUCAAUACGUGGAUCAAAUGCUUCAAAAUUACCUUCAAUGUGCUCACGCAAGGUACCUGCAGGAUCAUAAAGUUGACGAAACUGGUAGCGAAAUGCAUUAUGGUGCUGGCAAAUCCAAAUUUUAUGCCGCCAGUGAUCGAGAUAGCCAUGCUAGCGUUAGCAAAUUAUUACCCACCAAUCCCAAUAAAGAUCGUACACUUUACCUUUCAAGAUCAACCUUUUAUAAGGACCAAGCAGCUGGUAAAUCGGGGCCAGAAUUAUGGAGUAACAGCAGCAGUAGUUUAGCAGAUAUCGUUAAAGAAUGUCGUAACGAGCAGUGCCCAUUUUUCGGUUCGGCAGAAAAUGAUUAUUACUGUUCACAGUGUUGGGCAAAUCGACGUUAUCGCUGAAUAAUAUGUCUCAGCGACAUGUGACAAUAAUAACUCUUUAAUAUUGCUCGAAUUAAACCAAGUAUAAUCGGAUUUAGACGUAACACUAGCCAUUUUAAAAGGCCGCUUGGAAAAAAAUAAUUGACUCGCCAGAUUUUCUUCUUCUUGCUAUGUUAAUUCAUUCUAUUUCAUAUUUGGUUUGAGAGAUUGGAUGACAUGCUAGUGAUCGUUGUGUCUUGCGACAAUAAAAACGCUUCCUUCGUACUGUUGAUAGAAACAUUAAUGAAGACAUCAAUGCUGACUGUAGUAGUAUGCAAGUUACAAAUGAUGUACAAAGUUAAGACAAAAUUAAUAUUUAUACUAAGGCCGCUAUUACAAUGGCAGCAAGAGAGAGAAUGAUCUUAUUGCACUUGUCAU